UAGCCAACAUUGUUCUGCUCCUUGCAGGGUCCCACCAAUCUUGUUUGCCUCUGCAGAGCCUCAGCCUGUCACCUGGAAGAUGCCGAGAUCCUGCUACAGUCUUUCAGGGGCCCUGCUGCUGGCCUUGUUGCUUCAGACUUCCAUGGAAGUGUGGGGCUGGUGCCUGGAGAGCAGAGAGUGUCAGGACCUCACCACGGAAAGCAACUUGCUGGCUUGCAUCCGGGCUUGCAAACCUGACCUUUCUGCCGAGACGCCCGUGUUCCCAGGCAACGGAGACGACCAGACACUGACUGAGAACCCCCGGAAGUACGUCAUGGGCCACUUCCGCUGGGACCGCUUCGGCCCUAGGAACAGCAGCGGCGCGGCGCAGAGGCGCGCGGAGGAGGAGGAUGCAGUGGCGGUGGAAGAUGCUCGCUCUGAGCUCGGCCUGCGCGAGGGCAAGCGCUCCUACUCCAUGGAGCACUUCCGCUGGGGCAAGCCAGUGGGCAAGAAGCGACGCCCAGUGAAGGUGUACCCCAGCGUGGCCGAGAACGAGUCGGCAGAGGCCUUUCCUCUGGAGUUCAGGAGGGAGGUGGCAGGCGAGCAGCCCGACGGCUUGGAGCACAUCCUGGAGCCCGGCGCCGAGGCCGAGAAGGAAGACGGGCCCUAUCGGAUGGAGCGCUUCCGCUGGGGCAGCCCGCCCAAGGACAAGCGCUAUGGCGGCUUCAUGACCUCCGAGAAGAGCCAAACGCCCCUGGUGACACUCUUUAAGAACGCCAUCGUCAAGAACGCUCACAAGAAGGGCCAGUGAGGGCGCAGGGACUUCUCACCCCAAGCCCCCUCCCUGCAUGGGCGAGCCACUCGCCGCAGACCUCAAGCCUCCUAGAGCUGCCCGUAGUUAGGAAAUAAAACCUUUCAGAUUUCA